AUGGAAGGCAAAACUUUAUUUUUAAAUAUUUUCCUUUUCUUUACCUUUAUUUUACUCAUUAAAGCCCAAAACAAUUUAGUAGUUUCCCCAAAAUAUACCACAAAAGAUACUUGUCUUAAUCCGUCAAAAGCUUCUGGCCCAAUUACUUCAAACCUUAAUAAACCAAUUAAUGGAGGUAUAUUUACAUUAUAUGGAAUUGGUGGACGUGGGGCCUGUGGAUUGGAUAUUGAUGCUCCAACAAUGUCGGCAGCUGCGUCAGGUUCUCUUUUCAACAACGCUGCUCAAUGGGUUCCUUCUUGUCUGCCAGAUAAGCGUUACCUGCUUAACGACCCAAUUUGUAUGAGUAAAUGUGUUAAAAUAACCUAUAAAUGUGUUGGGUGUUCGGCUGCUAAAACGUUUAAUUUUAUCUAAAAUCCUUAAA